AUGGCUCUCCACCAGAGCUUGCCAGCGUGCGAUGACAAGUGCUGUCCUCAUGGAUUCGUCUGUGUCAGUGGGCCGGAUGAACGGGGCUCGACUUGCCAGUUGGAUCCUGAUCAAAAUGCAUAUACCACUCUGAUGCCCAAGAAAUCUGGAGUUCUGGAAGACUUGGCCGUUUCGGUGACAUUCCCUGUCCAGAAACCGAAGUCAACGCUGGCGUCGUCUGGCUCUGUGUCGGCAACCCCAUCCGCGGAGGGCACCAUCACAGAACAAAGCAACCUCCCUUCUUCAGAGCCUGCUGUUGAAAGCAGCAGUACAUUGUCAACGGCUCCUGCGGGAGAGCCUACCUCGGAUCCCAGUAAUUUAGGAGAAGAGCCACCCGAAAACUCUGGAAGCUCCAAGACCGCUGUAGUCAUCGCCUGCGCGUUUAUGGGAGCAGCUGUCUUCGCGUUGGCCAUUCUCUUCUACUAUUGCUGUGUCAGAAAACGAGGCCGGUACUCACGCCGAGGGCCGACUCCCCCACCAAAGCCCGAUUCACACUUCAUGUCAUCAAAGUCCACGUCUUACACCUCGGUGGCCGAGAUCGACGGCAAAACCUGCCUAGCUGAACUCGCGGCCCACCCCUGGAACUACCCCGAAGUACCAGGCGAAUUGCUGCCAAAUGGCUUUCCCUUUAUACCCACACCUGAAGGACGCGCCGAGCUGCCGGACACGCCCGUCUUGAAGCCCGCCUCGGUGGUGCCUUUGAGUGUGUGGAACAAGCGAGAUGUAGGGAGGUACGAACGACCAAAGUCACACAGAGGUCAGCUUGACAGUCCUUGA